CUCUCUCUCUCUCUCUCUCUCUCUCCAUACAAAAUCCAAAAUCUCUCCAUCACCAAAAACAAACACUCCCCACAAUCUCAAUUCAGCAAAAGAAGAAAAUUCAAAAAAAUAAAAGAAAAAUGAUAAAAUUCACAGACCUGUAUUGUGUUCUAAGUGCAGUAGUACCACUGUACGUGACCAUGUUCUUAGCUUAUGCAUCUGUGAAAUACUGGCAUAUCUUCACACCAGAUCAAUGCUCAGGAAUCAAUCGCUUCGUCGCCAUCUUCGCCGUCCCACUCCUCUCCUUCGAGUUCAUCUCCCGUAUCAACCCAUAUAAGAUGGACCUCCUCUUCAUAGCUGCCGACGCCGUCUCCAAGCUCCUUGUCCUGUUCGUCCUGUUCGCGUGGUCUAAGUUCUCCCGCCGAGGGACUAUCGAUUGGGUGAUCACCGCCUUCUCCCUCUCUACUCUCCCCAACACGCUCGUGAUGGGAAUUCCGCUUCUCAAAUCCAUGUACGGUGACGACAAGGAAGGACUCAUGAUCCAAACCGUCGUCAUGCAGUGUAUAAUCUGGUAUACUCUGCUUCUGUUCUUGUUUGAGUACAGAGCUGCUCGGAUUCUGAUAAUGCAGAAGUUGGAAAGAAGCGAAGAGAAGGCAGGAAUUCAAAAGGUUGUUGGGGGAGAGGAGGAGAUGGUGCGUGUGAUUGUGACUAGGCCGACGGUGGCAGUGGGGGUGAGUUUGGAGACAUCGGAUCCGGACUCGCAGAAGCUGCAGAGUGAUAGCAAGGUGGGGCCUGGUUCAGCACGAUUCAAGCCGGCAGAGGAAGACGGUAAAGAGCUUCACCUGUUCAUUUGGCGAUGCGGGUGCUGCAAUUCCGAAGGAUUUUGUGAGCAGUCAAUGCAAGUAUGCAGCAGAGAAGAGGAUACUGCUGCAGAAAAGGCAGAGAGCAAUGAGAAAAUAGAAGGCCGGAAGCCAAACGCGAAUCCAUCUUCAGUUUCAUCGAAGAUGAUGAGGCAGAUUCUGAAUAUGGUCUGGUAUAAGCUUGUCAGGAACCCAAAUUCAUAUGCAAGCUUGUUGGGUUUGAGCUGGGCUCUUGUAUCUUGCAGAUGGGGUGUUAAGAAGCCCCAAAUCAUGGAAAAUUCCGUCACGAUCUUGUCAAAUGCAGGUCUUGGGAUGGCCAUGUUCAGUCUAGGAUUGUUCAUGGCCUUGCAGCCAAGAAUCAUAGCCUGUGGGACUAAACUCGCUGCAUACGGAAUGGUUGCGAGGUUCCUUGCCGGCCCGGCUGUCAUGGCAAUCGCAUCCGUUGGGGUUGGGCUCAGAGGCACAAUCCUUAGAGUGUCCAUUGUUCAAGCUGCUCUACCACAAGGGAUUGUGCCGUUUGUAUUUGCAAGGGAAUAUAAUCUGCAUCCAGAUGUACUAAGCACAGCUGUUAUCUUUGGAAUGAUUGUGUCAUUGCCCAUCACAAUCAUGUAUUACAUCGUAUUGGGUCUCUGAUCGAAUUGGCCGGCAUGACAAUGUCCCGAUCACGGGCCACCGGAGUUCUGAUGGACCCAAUGAAGCGUCAUGAUUUAAGUACAGAUGUUAAUCUGGGUGGGCCAUUAAGACUCUGGUGACAUUCUCAAGAGUGCUCAUCAAGCUGAUUGCAAGAGGGAAGAUGGUUGAAUGCUGGCAUGAGCUGAAAUGCCAUGGUAGCAUGAGAUUUUAGUACCAACGUUGAUCUAGGUGGGCCAUGGCAACUGUUGCUUUUGAGAAUUUUGUUCUCUUAAGGAAUUUUAACAGCAAAAGAUCAAUGAAAAGAUGAGUAUUAUUUAUAUCUCUAUAUAUAUUUUUUCUUCUUUUUGGGUUCUCUCUAUGUAGACAAAAGAAAGCAGAAUGAUGAUUUGUUCCUUGA